AGACAGCUCAACAACGUCGCUGUGCCCGAUUCUUUGCGAGUAUUUUGUUUUUUGGAUUUCCUGCGAGUGCUUGCUUGUUCGCAGACAUCAGACGAACCAUUUCCAUCUGCCACCGUUUCAGCAUACAAGAUGGCCCCCUCGAGCGAUGACGUCCUGACCAAGGUGUCUACGGAUGCUGCCACCGAGUUCGUCCAGUCGUUUUACCCCGCGCUCCAGAAAAACCGCGCCGCGAUAGCUUCGUUCUACAGCCAACCCACCUCGACGAUCCUCUUCAACGGGAACGCAGUCGCCGAUGGAUACGCCGUCCAAGAUAUCUUCGUCAACCAGAUGCCUCCGGCUCACUAUGAAGUCCAGUCCUUUGAUUGCCAGAUCAUCAACCAGGCGUACCCUACCCCCACCCCGACUGGGACGAAAGCCCCGAAUGAGACAACAGUCAAGGAUAUGUCGAUACUGGUUAUCAUCAGCGGAUACGUGCGAUUUGGCGAGUCGAGAGACCUGCCGCAACGGGGUUUCAGCGAGACGUUUGUUCUUGUACCGAACCCGGCCGCGGAGGGUGGGAAGGUGAAGCAAGUGAAGGAGUGGCUUAUCUACACCCAGAACUUCCGUCUCGUUGUCUGAAAUUUUGUUUUCUACGGUAAACACGGGUUGGCUUGCAGUGAAAUCUGCUCAUAAGGUUCAUAUAUCGAUAUUUGCUGCAAAGGGGAACAAUGGUGCAACGCGGGGUAUAACAGGAAAAGCAGACGAGAAACACGGGGACAGAAGGUGAAACUGUGCGCGUAUUCAAUCGCUACUGGCCGGAAGACCUGGGCACACGCAAGUUUGCUUUGACUCGCUCGAGUAACUCUUCACGCGUGGCUCUGGCGCUGGGCAAAAGGCCUCUCAAGCGGAGCCACCUCUUCAACUCAUCGGCUGUCCAGUCUUCAGGGUCCCCAGUCGGAUCUUGCUCCGCAGGAAACAUGUCGUUACCCCAGAUAGCCCACACCGCGGCGG